AUUGCAUUAAGGCGCCGGGUUUCCGGGGCUCCUGGCCCCGCUUGUUUGGCGGGGGUCGGCGGGGUCGGCCUGGGUGUCCGUGCUGCCGCCGCCGCCGCCGCCGCGCUUUGUCCGCCCGGCGCUUGGCUUCUGGGAGGGGCGGCAGACAUGGUGGCGGCCGCCGCCCCCUCCUCGGUCAGGCGCCGCGGCCUCCUGCGGGCCCCACGGGUCAGGUCUGCGGUGGGGUCGCCAUGGCCGUGGGGGUCCGGGCCGGCGGGGCAGGCGGCGGGAGAGGCGGCGCUGUCCCCGCCCGCUCCUUUGUCUCGGCGGCCUGAGGGCCUGGCCUGGCCGGGCCGACGACAAGCGGGAGGGAAGGCCGGGCCGCGCUGCCCCGCUGGGCCCCGCGGAGCUCGGGGCGCUCGGGUUUCGGCCCGAACAGCCGGGCCGGGGCAGGGUAGACGGGCCAGUCCCGAAGGGACGGAGCCUACCAUUCUCAGUGGCCUAGACUUUUGCCCCGGAGACUUCGCCACCGGAACCCAAGCGAGCGCGGGUGCGGAAAGAAGCCGCGAGUUUCGUCGGUCAUGUCUUGCCUGGGCACAGAUCGGUGUUGAGUGUGCUGUUGUGAACCUCUCCCAUGGCGUUGAAGCCGCGUGCUUAGCCUGAAGUGUGCAUUUCCAAAAUGAGAGUGAAGGAAAGCGGGCCUACCUGCUGGCUUUUUUUUCCCUUGAAGCUUUUGCUUUAAGCCCAUUUCCACUGUGUCUAGCAGACACAUUUGCUUUAAAGCAGGGAGUGAGACCACAGUACUUCUGAAAGAGAGCUUCAUAACGUGGGAGUAAAUUUUAAGAGUUCUUUCUGCAGACACUGUGGUUUGUUGUCUAUUCAGGCAAGUUACUUUCUGAAAUGUAAUUUUUAUCUGGGGGUAAAAAAGAACGGUGGUGUACUUUUUCUAGGGAAGUAGUGGCCUUCCCAGAAUUGAAAACGCACCGAAUUUAGUACGAAGACGAUAGUCUAUCACAGAGAUUCACCCAGAUUAAUUUAAAUAUAACUGAUAGAUUUUUGGCUCUUAGGCCUUCAGACUCUGACUUUAAGUUUUAAGGGAACUGAUGGCUCUUAUCCCUUUAUUCGCUUUUAUUAUUUUGUCAAAAAUCAAAAGUUACGUGUCAACUCAUGACUUAGGCAAGAGUCACAUUGUUUUGCACUUUCGAAAGUUUUUUUUUUUAAAUGCCUAGUUUAACAGAAAACAUAUUCUUGAGUCAAUUUUUGCAGUCUUGUGAUAUGCCACAUAGCCAGUGGAAAACACUGUAUGUAUAUAUUAUGCUUUUUUCUUUUUAAAAAGCAUGCUAUAUCCCAUCCUUAUUCAGCAUGUUAAGUACGAUCAGGAUAUUGUGAAAGGCAAACUUAAAAUAUGAAUGAGAAGAAUGAUUCUUGUAGUUUGGGGGAGAGGCCUCUAACUUUUUAAAAGAUGGCCAUUUAUAUGCUUAAGCAUUUCAGAUUUUAAUUUACCAGUAGCCUUGACAUCUGGAAAUAGUGCAAGUGACAAGACAUUUUAAAGUUCCAAUUCAUAUGCUUAACGAUGUACACGUAAUCAGCGUGUAAGACCUGUGUGUAAGUAUCUUUUUCACGAGGACACGUGCAUCCUAGGCGCUUCAGACUUCCGUGGGAAGUGAGGUGUUUGCUGAAACAAAAUGCACAUAUACUUUGCAUGUAUGUCCCUGGUAGAUUUGGGGAAGAAGCUUUUAGAAGCGGCACGAGCUGGUCAAGAUGACGAAGUUCGAAUUUUGAUGGCAAAUGGAGCUCCUUUUACUACAGACUGGUUGGGAACUUCUCCACUUCAUCUGGCCGCGCAGUAUGGGCAUUUCUCUACCACAGAGGUUCUUCUCCGAGCCGGUGUAAGUAGAGAUGCCAGGACCAAAGUGGACCGGACACCACUGCACAUGGCGGCUUCUGAGGGCCAUGCCAACAUAGUAGAAGUUUUGCUUAAGCACGGUGCUGACGUCAAUGCAAAGGAUAUGUUAAAGAUGACAGCUCUGCAUUGGGCAACAGAACACAACCAUCAAGAGGUGGUGGAGCUCUUAAUCAAAUAUGGUGCUGAUGUACACACGCAGAGUAAAUUUUGUAAAACUGCAUUUGAUAUUUCAAUAGACAAUGGAAAUGAAGAUUUAGCAGAGAUAUUACAGAUUGCUAUGCAGAACCAAAUCAACACCAACCCGGAGAGUCCUGACACUGUGACAAUACACGCUGCCACACCACAGUUCAUCAUUGGACCCGGAGGGGUGGUGAACCUUACAGAUGAAACAGGAGUAUCUGCUGUUCAGUUUGGAAACUCCUCCACGUCAGUAUUAGCUACGUUAGCUGCCUUAGCUGAAGCUUCUGCCCCAUUGUCCAGUUCUUCAGAAACCCCAGUAGUGGCCACAGAGGAAGUGGUUACCGCAGAAUCUGUGGAUGGUGCAAUUCAGCAAGUAGUUAGCUCAGGGGGUCAGCAAGUCAUCACGAUAGUUACAGACGGAAUCCAGCUGGGGAAUUUGCACUCCAUACCAACCAGUGGGAUGGGCCAGCCCAUCAUUGUGACGAUGCCCGAUGGGCAGCAAGUAUUGACAGUACCAGCAACAGACAUUGCUGAAGAAACUGUCAUCAGUGAAGAGCCACCAGCUAAGAGACAGUGUAUGGAAAUAAUUGAGAGCCGGGUGGAAUGUGCAGAAAUUGAAGAGAGAGAAGCGCUUCAGAAACAGCUGGAUGAAGCCAACCGAGAGGCCCAGAAAUACCGACAGCAGCUGCUUAAGAAGGAGCAGGAGGCAGAGGCCUACAGGCAGAAGCUGGAGGCCAUGACACGCAUCCAGACCAACAAAGAAGCCGUUUAGCUGCCAUGAACACCAGUUUGCUUUUACCUUUUGUCCAGAAAGAAUAUAGUCUUGAACUGUACACAGUAAGGACACAGCCAUGGGAAUACCGAAUAAUAGAAAAUACUACAGCUUGAAAACGGGACUUAAGCCAUGAGCUCUCAAUUCUUGUAAUAUAAAACUUUAGAACUUGUGAAAUGUAUUUAAAACUGAAUUCUGUAAAUAGUUUUUUGGUUGUUUCUUUUUUUACAGUUAUAAAUGAGUUGAUAAAGGUUGUUGCUGAGAUCCAGAGGCCACAGCAAGCCACUGUUAUGGGGAAUUCUUUUUGAUUUGGGUGCAGACUUAAUUUCUCGGAAACAGAAGUUGUAAGCGUGGUCGUUGUCUCUUAGACCAAAUGUGGAACAAUUAUGGUGGACUGAUGCUGGAAAUACUCUGCAAAGAGAUUUUGCCCAGGAACUUUUGUACAGCUUUUAAGUUGUCUCAGGUUCUCUGAAAACAUUUUUUAGGAAGCAGAAAUUUUAUAUUUGUUCUAUUUCAGCUACAUGCAAGUAGAUUUACAUGUAUAUGAAGCAAAUAUUUUUAAAAUUUUGUUUGUACAUAUCCUGCAUGUUUUAUGAUUUUAAAACACAUCCCUUGCUUAGGUAUGUCUCCUACAAAGACGAUGAAAGUUACCAAGAAAAAACCAAGGCACCACUGUCAUUCUGUCGGUCGUUGAGAGUGAGUAAACUCACAGCUGGUUUUACUGGCGACCAUGACAAUGUUCUUGGAGCAGCUUGCAAGAGAACUCGAAUCUGCAAAAUGUAUGCUUUUCUGACAAUUGUAUUGUGAGGACGUGAGACUGUUCUGUGCCUUCCUUCCAUCAUGACUUCCACACGAGCACUUUGAGGCGCUGGAUUUUAAGAUAAUGUUUUUGGCAAACUCAGUGCAUUUGGGUUUCUGAAAUAUUUCAUGGACUUACUCCCCUCCCCUAAGAAAUUAAAUUAUUCUUAUGGAAAUUGCUUUUGUAUGCAGAGCAGGACCUUUUGUACUCGGUGAGGCUAUGGGUGUGUCUAACGUAACUUUCGGUAUUCCCUGUAAACGCUCCGGGCCUGUGCUGCGACUCUCUCACAAUAUUGUCAAUUCUGAAAUGUAUGGACAUUUGACAGACUAUUCCAUUCUCUUUUGUAAAAUGUAACUUCAAGCUCUUUAUUAUUUUGUUUUGUUCUAUUGCUUUAUGAAAAUGUUUGCCCCCUUCCCCCACCCCAGGCUUCUCGAGCUUAUCUGUAUAAAGAACCAGUUACCCGAGAGACUGUACUCUGGCCUCAUUUUCUAUUUUACAAUUAAAUAACUUUCCACAUAGCUCCA